CUCCCAAAAAUAGAAAAAUGGGUUUCUACCAACAAAACAACCGCUGCAGCUCUGAAAAGAACGGGAAAUGAAGAGAAACAGGAAGAGGAGGAGAACGAAAGAAGAAAACACAAUCAGGAUGAGGGAGAGAGAGGAGCUUCUGCAAUAACCCUCUCUCCCUCUCUCUCUAUAUCUCUUUCUCUUUCUCUCUCCACCGAACUUCAAAAAAGCCUCCCUCUCCAACGACCUUAAAAAAACUCUCUCUCUCUCUCUCUCUCUCUCUCUCUCUCUCUCUCAAAAACACCAUCCAUUUUGGCGAAAAGAUGGGACUCUGUGCUUCCACCAGAAAGGUGAGUGGCUCCGCCAGCCAAAACAAGAACAACCACAACAGCACCCACAAUAAAAAAGAAAGCAAGCAUUCCACCAAACCUACACGACAACAACAAAAGGAAAGCCAGAAGAACCCUUCCGAACACCUCCACCAGCACCAGAAGGAGAAGGACCAUUGGAGGCGGCCCGGCAGCACCGUUUCCUGCGGCAAACGGACGGAUUUCGGCUACGCCAAGGAUUUCGACAACAAGUACACCAUUGGGAAGCUGCUGGGCCAUGGGCAGUUCGGGUACACGUUCGUUGCCACCAGUAAGGAGAAUGGCGACCGUGUCGCCGUCAAACGGAUUGACAAGAAUAAGAUGGUCCUUCCUAUUGCUGUUGAGGAUGUUAAGCGAGAGGUCAAGAUACUACAGGCCCUGACAGGCCAUGAGAAUGUUGUUCAAUUCCAUAAUGCAUUUGAAGACGAUUCAUACGUCUAUAUCGUUAUGGAGUUGUGUGAAGGUGGCGAACUAUUGGACCGGAUACUAGCCAAAAAGGAUAGUCGUUAUACAGAGAAAGAUGCAGCGAUAAUAGUGCGCCAGAUGCUCAAAGUUGCAGCUGAGUGCCAUCUACAUGGCUUGGUACAUCGUGAUAUGAAACCCGAGAACUUUCUUUUCAAAUCAACGAAAGCGGACUCACCCCUUAAGGCCACAGAUUUUGGCCUGUCUGAUUUCAUAAAGCCAGGGAGGAUGUUCCAUGAUAUAGUUGGCAGUGCCUAUUAUGUUGCACCAGAAGUACUAAAGCGCAAGUCUGGCCCGGAAUCAGAUGUUUGGAGCAUAGGCGUCAUUACAUACAUUUUACUUUGUGGAAGGCGUCCAUUUUGGGACAAAACAGAGGAUGGAAUAUUCAAGGAGGUCUUAAAGAACAAGCCUGAUUUUAAGCGGAAGCCUUGGCCAAGUAUAAGCAGCAGUGCUAAAGAUUUCAUUCAGAAGUUAUUAGUGAAGGAUCCUCGUACAAGACUGACUGCAGCACAAGCCUUGUCACAUCCGUGGGUGAGAGAAGGAGGAGAUGCAUCUGAAAUCCCUGUGGAUAUAUCUGUUCUCUCCAACAUGCGUCAGUUUGUGAGGUACAGCCGUAUGAAGCAAUUUGCUCUUCGGGCAUUAGCAAGUACCCUUAAUGAAGAGGAGAUAGCUAAUCUCCGUGACCAGUUUGAUGCAAUUGAUGUUGAUAAAAAUGGCUCUAUUAGCCUUGAAGAAAUGAGACAGGCCCUUGCAAAAGAUCUUCCUUGGAAAAUGAAGGAGCCACGUGUGCUGGAGAUUGUUCAAGCGAUUGACAGCAAUACGGAUGGGCUCGUGGACUUCUCAGAAUUUGUCGCGGCAACUCUACAUGUGCAUCAGUUGGAGGAGCAUGACUCUGAGAAGUGGGAGCAGCGGUCUCAAGCUGCUUUUGAGAAGUUUGAUGUGGAUAAAGAUGGAUUUAUCACUCCAGAGGAACUGAAGAUGCACACAGGAUUGAAGGGCUCAGUUGAUCCACUCCUAGAGGAUGCUGACAUUGACAAAGAUGGGAAGAUAAGCUUGUCAGAAUUCCGCAGACUGUUGAGAACUGCAAGCAUGAGAAGUGUCCACAGCCCGACUGCUCGCCGAAAUUCUCGCAAGAUGUAGAUAUUGUAAAACAAGGGUAAAGAGAACGACAUAGAUGGGGGGAAAAGAGAUGAAAGCCAAUGUUCUCGUCUACUCUUAUAUACCAGAUUGCAACGGAUCCUGUGGGCCCCAUCUUUGUCAUGUCUCCAUCUUUCACUCAGUAGUCUGUUCAGAGAAAUCAAUUUUUCUGCCCAUCAGAACUACACAAGCUCAUGAGAACUGACGCCACGGAAUUUACAGGGAGAGGUUCUGGUAAAAUGACCUUGCAUGCUUCUGUACAUCUUGUAAUGCGGGCUUUUUUCUUGUCUUUUCUAAUCAAAUGUAAUGUGUGAGACUACAAAUAUGAAUGCAUCUUUGGUGUCUA